AUGACAAAACCAGCACUGCCUGGUACCGAUGCGCAUCAAUUCACCCAAGGAACAUUAUUCACAUUUCGUAACAUCAUCACUGGCAUUUUCGCUUUCAUUCUACUUCAUGCUACGGGGAAGGUAGUGUACAAUCUUUAUCUGAGUCCUCUAGCUGGCUAUCCUGGGCCAAAGCUCUGGGCUAUCUCUCGCCUGCCAUGGAAUUACACGAACAUGAAAGGUCGAAUUAGCUGGAAGAUACGUGAACUUCAUGAUCAAUAUGGUCCUGUUGUGCGAAUCGCUCCUGAUGAACUUUCAUAUACGACGUCGGGAGCGUGGAAAAAGAUAUACGGACAACGAAAUCCAGAGUUUGUCAAAGCUCUAGAUGGCAGAGGCAUCGCUCCAGCGAGCAUUGGUGGCCGGCGUAGCCUGAUGACUGAGCAUCAAGAUAGACACCUAAGGCUAAGAAGAGCUAUAGACCCUGCUUUUAGUCAAAGGGCAUUACGCGAACAGGAAAAGUACUUUCAAGAUCACUCAGACAAUCUUGUCCAGAAGCUGCAUGAACGGUGUAAAACAGAACCACUCGACAUGACGACCUGGUACAACCUCGUGGCAUUCGAUAUCGUAUCUGAUCUGGCGUUUGGCGAGCCGUCAGGCUGUGUCAACAAUCCCGAUCAACCAUGGAUACAAGCUAUUCUGGCUCGUGCCAAAGCUAUCGUCUGGUUUCAGCUUGCCGUGCAGUAUGGUUUCAUGGGCCUUCUUAACUGGUUGACACCAAAAUACGUUGUCGAAUCAAGAAAGAAGCACAUCGCCAUGACUGAGGCGAAACUGAAAGCGCGGGUUGAAGCUAAGAAUGCUGGCAAGGAUUUCAUGUCUUACAUCCUUGAGAAUGACGAGAAGCUCAAUCACCUCGAAUUGGUAAUGCUUUCAUCCAACUUCAUUGUGGCUGGCAGUGGUACAUCUGCAGGCGGUAUGUCUGGCUUGACUUACUUGCUCCUGCGCAAUCCAGAUAAACUUGAAAAACUCAAACGGGAAAUCCGUAGUCAGUUCAAACGGCGCAGUGAUAUGAUAAUGCAGACAGUCACUAGCUGCAAAUAUUUGCGCGCUUGCCUUAAUGAGGGCAUGCGCCUGUACCCGCCUACUCCAGGAUCGCUGCCGCGAUUUGUACCUGGCAAGGGUGAGAUGAUAGAGGGCAAAUGGGUUCCAGGUGGCUAUGCUGUAGGUGUCAACCAGUUGGCGGCUGGGCACUCGGAGCACAACUUCAGACGCGCACGCGAGUUUCACCCAGAGCGAUGGCUCGAUGAGCCAGACUCAGAGUUUCAGAAUGACGACCGCUCUGCUGUUCAACCAUUUUCAUAUGGCCAAAGGGCUUGCAUUGGACGAUCAGGGGCUUUUGUCUCUCUUCUAUUAUACAUCAUCAAUGUCACUAUCAUCAAACCACUAGGAAAUCUGAUCAAAGCGCGCCAACUCGGUUGUGGUCCGGUGCCUUUCGAGCCGACACAAUGGCCCCUUGGUAUCGACUUGGUCCGCCACGGUUUGAGAGCUGACAGAGAGCAAAGGACACCUGACUUCGUGGCUGCGCGCUUCGAAAAAAUGGGCCGUUAUACUUGGGGGCUAUCCCUGCUAGGUACAUCAAAUUUCAUCACAGCCGAACCGCGCAAUAUACAGGCAAUCCUCGCAACACAGUUUGAAGAUUUUAUCAUGGGAACAGCGAGGAGAACAAACCUGAAGACAGCACUCGGACGAAGCAUCUUCGCCGUAGAUGGCAGGGCUUGGCAUCGGUCCCGCGAGGCUAUGCGACCUAUCUUCACCAGAGAUAGUAUCUCCAGGCUUGAUCUGCUUGAGGAACACAUCCAAAUAAUGUUUCAGAUCAUUGAGUCAACUGAAAAAGAGUCUACAAUUGACGACGAUGGCCGAGUGUGGUCGGCACCUGUAAGUUUGGCCGCCCUGUUGCCGCGUCUCACUAUGGACUCAGCAACCGAGCUAUUCCUUGGCCAUAGUACACAUUCUCUAAAAUCACUUCUCUCCAUCCAACACAAUGGACAUGGACAGAUUCAGAAUGAGCAAGACGACUUUGGUCAUUCCUUCGAGCGCAUGUUGAGCAUACUGGGAACGAGGAUGCGACUGCGAAGCCUCUAUUGGUUAUACGGAAAUAAGGAAUUGAAUCAAUGCAUUCAGACUUUGCACAACUUUGUCGACAACGCCAUCAAUGCAGCUGAUCAGUCCCGAGAGCAAGGAUCCUCCAAACUCCGCUACGAUUUCUUGGAGUCAUUGCGUGCCCGCUGCUCUGACCGCGCCGAAGUACGUGAACAAGUCCUGGGACUCUUAGCCGCUGGCAGGGAUACAACGGCAUCCCUUGCAGCUUGGGUCUUCUAUUGCCUCGUGCGAAAUCUACGGACUUACAUCAAACUACGCGAAACAAUUCUCGAUACUUUUGGUCCUUACUCGAGUACAGUUGGGCAAAGUAUAACAUUUGAGAAACUCAAAGGAUGCUCCUAUCUCCAACACGUCUUAAAUGAGACGUUACGCCUACACUCGGUUGUACCGUUCAACUCGCGAUGUGCCAUACGAGAUACGACUCUUCCCACAGGCGGGGGUCCGGAUGGAAAUAUGCCCGUCUUCGUACCCAAAGGCACAGAGGUCAACUUCAGCACACAUGUUCUUCACCGACGGAAAGAUUUGUGGGGUGAAGAUGCUGACGAGUUUGUGCCUGAGCGGUGGGAAACGAAGAGACCUGGAACGACAUGGCAUCCCGGAAGUCCAGUGGCCAGAGAUGCUGCAGUCAGAUGUCGAUUUAGGGUUGCUAUGGAAUAG